AUGGCACAUUUCUCAACUAACCUCAAAGUUCUUACCAUUCAUCAUGACACCAUUCUUCUUGAUCAAAUUCAGCAAAUGUGUGACCGCUGUCAUUAUCUACUAACCAAAUGCACUUCACCUUCUGAUGCUCUUCAUCUUCUUGCGCAAAGAAAUAAUUAUUUUGAUAUCAUGUUGAUUGAUGUUGGAAUGCCAAGCAUGGAGUCCUAUGAGUUUCUUAGAUAUAUAACCCUACAACACAACAUCCCUGUCAUUGUCAUGUCUUCUGAUACAACAAAUACUUCUGUCGUCAUGGAGUCUAUAAUUCAUGGUGCUAGUGAUUACUGGUUUCAACCUUUAAAUGAAAAACUAUUCAAAACUAUGUGGCAGCAUGCUGCCAGAAAAAGUUUAACUGAAAAUAAAGAACAUGAUGUUCUUGGAUUCUUGAAGGCUCAAAGUCACAAAGAACCUGAAGUUGUUGGAAUCAUGAAAGUUCAAAGCCCUAAAGAACAUGAAGUUGUUGGAUUCUUGGAGGCUCCUCAGCAUGAAAGAAAACGGGAGAGAGAAGAUGAUAAUCCUCCAAAAAAGAGUCGGUUAUCAUGGACGCCGCAAUUGCACCAACAGUUUGUUAAUGCUGUAAACCAACUUGGCUUGGAUGAGGCAAAACCAAGAAAGAUUCUGAAAAUAAUGGAUGUUUGUGGUUUAACAACAGCUCAGGUUGCAAGUCAUUUGCAGAAGUAUAGAGACUGUUUCAAGAGAGCACCUUGUGGAAAAAAGUCAAAGAAAAUUCCAAGAAUUGACACUCCAACGUCAGAAACUGAACAUGCUAUCUCAAAGGACCAAAUUUCUCAAUUGAACUCUUUGAAUAACAGUAAUAUUGAAACACAACAACAUUUAACUGAUGUUGCCAAUUAUCAAGUUUCCGACACUGGUUACAAUUAUGAAACACAAAAGCAUUCAACAGAAGUUGGCGAUAAUCAAGUCUCCGACAUUAUGAACAACGAUUUUCCUGAUCUAUCAUCUGACUGGUUCUUAGAUUUAGAUGAUGAGUUAUUAUCAUUAUUAUUCUGA